AUGUCCUUCUCAAACAUGAUCCAAGACGCCCUCUCGGGCCACGGCCACAGCAACAACAACAACAACAACAACAACAGACACGACGACAGAGACGACGACGACUUCAACCCCGCCGUCCGCUACGCCGAAUCCCACACCAACACGUCGGACCCCUCCCUCUUCACCUCCGCCCUCUCCUUCCUAAACGAGAACAAGCACCGCCUCUCCAAUGACAACGACAUCGACGAACAGAAAAUGAUCAACGCGCACCAGUCCCUCUACGGCGGCGGCGAAAGCGAGCGGCGUCACGACUCGGACUCCGUGGGUGCGGGGCCGCGAUGCAAGCGCUUAAGAUGUUUACGAGUUCGUCGGAGGGGGAGAAGAGCGGGAUGGACAAGAAUGCGUUUAUUGGGUUGGCGAUGGCGCAGGCGAAGAAGAUGUUUGAGGAGAAGGAGGCGAAGGGGAGGUGGUAAGUUACUCUUUCGCCUUUGCCUUGGCUUUUUGAAUGGGGAUAAGCAAUCUGCUAUCAAUGCGGCGGCGGAAAUGGCCCUCAAGAUGUACUUGAAGAGUGGAGGUGGUGGUAUGGCUGGCACCGGUGGCCCUGGUGGUGGUCUGUUGCAGCUGGCUAGCAAGUUUCUCUGA